AUGAUUCUGGCAGCGCAGAAUUCCUCUCCGACGAAAGCAUGUCUGGAGAUACCAACGGAGCAGAUCCUGGGCAUGGCAGAGGUGAAUGCAAUGGAACUGGCGAUGCAGCUCCAUCUGGAAUCCCAGGUGUCGCUGGAGCAAGGUGCCCUCCAGGAAUUGGCACCCAUCCGGGGGUUCCUGGUGCUCGACCUGGUGUGCCUGGGAGCAUGGCGGGAGUGCCGGGCAUACUGCCUCCUGGUGUGCGGGGUUGAUUUACAGGAGUGGGAGGUGGAGGUCCAGCCGGCGUGGGAGGUGGAGGUCCUGCCGGCGUGGGAGGUGGAGGUCCUGCUGGUGUGCGGGGUUGAUUGGUACGGGGUUGAUUGGCCGGAGUGGGAGGAGGAGGAGGCCCUGCCGGCGUGCGGGGUUGAUUGGCGGGAGUGGGAGGCGGAGGUCCUGCUGGUGUGCGGGGAGCAUGCUGGCCGGGUGAUGCCGGUGUCCUGGGUUCCAUCCCAGAUGGCGUGUAUGGCUGAUUACUUGCCGGCGAUGCUGGCGUUGGUGGCGGAGGUGCUUGCUGAUCGGAAGCCACUGAUGCUGCUGGUGUCGGCGGCGGUGGUGGUGGCCCGCCUGGUGUAUGCGGCUGAUUGGAAGCCACUGAUGCUGGUGUGGGUGGUGGCGGCCCGCCUGGUGUAUGUGGCUGGUUGGAACCCUCUGAUGCUGGUGUCGGCGGGGGUGGUCCUGCUGGUGUGUGAGUACCUGCAGGUGGCUUGCCUCUUGCUGCUGGCGUCCCUGCAGGGGUGUGGGGCUUCGCACCUGGCAUGCCUGGCGUGCCAGGCUGGGCAAGCGCAUCUGCAGGCGUUUGUGGCAUUCUGCCGCUGCUGUACGGUGUUUGAGGUGCACCUGCCCCUGGAGUUUGCGGCGCAGCACCUGCCCCUGCCGGUGUUUGUGGCAUUCUGCCGCUGCUGUAUGGUGUUUGAGGUGCAACUGCCCCUGGAGUUUGUGGCGCAGCCCCUGCCCCUGCCGGUGUUUGUGGCAUUCUGCCGCUGCUGUACGGUGUUUGAGGUGCACCUGCCCCUGGAGUUUGCGGCGCAGCCCCUGCCGGUGUUUGUGGCAUUCUACCGAGUAAAGGGCUGCGCCGGUCCCCUAAGCGCCGCUCCAGUCGGCGUGGAAGGAAUGUGUCCGGCUGUCAGGGUCCGUGGUGUGGAUGGUAUCUGCAUAGGAGUGGAUGGUAUGCCUGCAGGAGUCAUUGGAAUCGUGUUUUGGACAGGAGUGGAGGGUACUAGUUCUGCUUUCCCAAAUGGCGUGCCAGGAGCAUCUUGGGCUCCAAGAACAGGAGUCGCGGGUACGGACUGCAACACCGCGGCAGUUCCCGGCGUCAUUGGCAUCGCUUGGCCUGUAGGGGUUGCAGGAACCGAGUCCAGGACUUUCAUCGUCCCCGGUGUCGCUGGAGCAAUCUUCGGCGUCCCUGGCACUGCAGAGUCGUCAGGUGGACUUGGCGGCGCCGGGCCCAAACUCCCAAUACCAGCAAGACCCUGUCCUUGCAUUGAAUUUAGUACCGGUGUCGCCGGGACGGAAUUCAUCACUUGGGUGGUAUUCGGCGUCAUGGGUGCGGCGAAGCCGGUGAAGUUGGGUGUAGACGGGAUGGAAUUCAACACAUGA